AUGACGAGGCGCACUGUACUCAGUGCCGACUUGAAGGAGCGUCAUGUUAAUAUGAUGGCCUUCAGCGCCUGUAUAGGCUUCGGCCUAUUCUUGCAGAGCGGGAAGGUCAUCUAUAUCGCCGGCCCGGGCCUUGCGAUUGUCGCUGUAGUGCUUGCUUCUAGCGUAAUGUGGAGUGUCAUUGCUUGCCUGGGCGAGAUGACCGCUUUGUUUCCAGUUCAAGGUCCUCUUUUUGAAUUUCCCGGUCGAUUUAUCGAUGAAGCAGUUGGCUAUGCCACUGGUUGGAUAACAUGGUUUGCCUGGGUUGUCAUCCUCUCUGCAGAAAUACUGGCCAUCGCUCAGCUAUGGAAGUUCCGUUUUGAUGAAGAAUAUCUACGUGAAGUUGGAUAUCCUGACAAGCAGCUGGGCUGGAGCACUGAAAAUUACUCACCCGCUGUCUGGGUGUUCUUAUUCCUCAUCACUGUUGGCGUGAUUAACCUACUUCCUGUUCGCCAAUAUGGGCAACUCGAAUACGCAUUUGGAGUCGUGAAGAUAUUCUUCAUCUCUCUUCUAAUCGUUUUCAAUGUUGUAGUAUCUGCGAUGGGAAAGCAUGGGAAUCAUUUCUGGACCUGGAAUAAGCCGUAUGGAUUCUCUUCCGACACGUUUGUCGUGCAUCCUUCGCAUGAUGCAGAUAAAGGUGUUGUUAUGACAGGAGAUUCCGGUCACUUCCUAGCUCUAUGGACAGCUAUAACUGCAGCACUGUUCAGUUUCGUCGGGUUCGAGACAGUCGCCGUAUCAGCUGCGGAGAACAAAGAUCUGGAAAAGCACGAAACGAUCAAGCUUGCGACUAGGAAGCUCAGCAUGCGUAUAACGAUUCUUUACGUGCUCGGAACUUUUGUUGGAGGCCUCAAUGUCCCUUACAACGACCCAAAUCUUGUCAACAUUCAAAUCAAUAGUGUCCGUGCAGGACAGAACAGUAUCUUCGUACUUGCUGCAGUACGAAAUGGGUUGAGAGGCUGGCCGAGUAUCUUCAAUGGCUUCUUCAUCUUCUCGGCUACCACGUCUGGCAUCAACGCGCUUUACAAUUCAAGCAGAUUACUCCACGCAUUAGCCAGUAUUCCAGAAGCAUGGCCAUUGUGGUUACAGAACACCCGUCGACGGUUAGAGCGAACCACUUCCCGAGGCGUGCCACUUGGAACUGUGACAGUCAGCUGGCUUUUCGGAUUAAUGGCAUUCCUUGCUGUUAAGCCAUUUCCCGCAAUCGUGUUAGGCCGGAUUACGAACAACGCAGUUGUCUCUGAGCUGAUAUGCUAUGCUGUCAUUUGCCUGUCAUACAUCCAUUUCUACCACAGGAUCAAAGAAGCUGCUGAAGAUACCACACUGGAGAAUAGAGCCGCUUUCAACCGGGACGACAAACAGUAUCCGUACCGAACCCACGGCCAGCUGUUCCGUGCUUACUACGGGUUCAUAUUCUGUGUAUUGCUAAUCAUUUUCAACAACUGGAGAGCGUUCGUGACGCCGUUCAGCACUCCGGAUUUCCUCGCAUCGUACGUUGGAAUCCUUGCGUUUUUCGCGCUUGUUGCCGCAUACCACAUCAAAUCUGACGGUUACAAUCCGUUGAAAUGGCGGCGGAAUGCCUCAAUGCAGAUACAUCGGCCGCCGCCAAAGGUCGUCGUACCAGGCAGGCGGAGAGGACAUCUUAUAUAUCCGCAGCCCAAGGAGCCAGUCUGGAAUGGGGAGAACCUGAAGGCUCUCGUGAGUUUCAUUUGGGGUUGGUUGAAAUGA